GAGGCGUGCAGGCUGAACGCCGCACUCGAAGGAAUGUCGUCGGAGCCCAGGUGCACGGUCACGCUAGUUACCUCUCUGUGCCGAAACGUGCAGCCGUGUCUUUGAACGCUCCACGUCACAGUCGUUGUAGGACACAACAACAAUCUCUCCGAGAAACGGGUGUGUUGGUAGGAGGGUGGAAGUAGUUGGGUAGAAAAGAGAGGUGCGUGCUGUGCGUCGAGUAUCUCUGUGACAUUCUCUGACCUCUUCAGACGAUACGAGACCGGGGUGUUAGAUACUGAUCAAUACCAGAUCAAUACUGAGGUCAAAAGGUGACACGCUUCGAGCGGCCUGGCACCCGUUCGGCCAGCGCCUCCCGUGACGUCACACACCUGACAUGCCACGGUCGGGUGUAGGUAACGCCACAGCAACGACACCCGCCUAAGUGAGUCAUAAUGAAGUGGUUGUGUAUGAAGGUGGGGACUCGUCAUUCUCCGGCAGCAUAAACAUCUUAAACAAGCUGCCUACCAUCACUUUGUCGCUGCCAUGAACGCAGCGGGGAGGGCGAAGAAACGAACGGUGGUGCUGCCUGCCAUCCGGGAGGAAUCUCGUCUGAGCACAAGUCGUAUACCAGUACAUAUCAUCCCACCCGGCGCCACCCUCAACCCUUCGCUCUUCAGGAGCUCCAUGGUCAUCCAGACUCUCCCUUCCGACACGAUAAAACCUCCACCCAAGGUGAUGCCUUCUCUGAACAAGAUGCGGGAUGAAGGUGUUGAACAGGUGGUUGCACAUUACCUGCACUUCUCACGCUACCGACAAUCACUACCAAUCACGUGCGGCUUCGCCCCGCUACCUUGUCCGUGCUGCUCGGACAGAAACCGAGAGAACCUAAGAUUAAAAGGACAUCCUCUUCCAAAUCCAGUUUCAGAACCUAGUUUAACAAAACUGGAUCGGGAUCAAAACGUGGACAGUGCUACCCGAUCACCACGUGCAAACCUUGAUGACAGCUCUUUUAAUCGAGGUUCUCCGCGACAAAAACAACCGCAACAACAUCAGAAUCACAGACUGCAGCAGUCCAUGCCCUACGAACCUUCGUUGAAUAGAACUCUCAUGACUUCCUGGAUGGAUUACCAGCCUUUGCUGCAUGCCAGGACCUAUCUGAACCCGGAGUUCAAUCGUCCUCACUUAGUGCGCGAGUACGAGGAGAACCGGAAGCACCACGAGGACGCGUCGCGUGCUUACGUCACCAACCUCGUCUUGAACGCCAAUGCCAAGUACCACCAGGCAAUGCAAAAGCUCGAGAGGACUGCCAAGAUGGGGUUCAACGAUAACGAAGAUCUUCUGUAACCGAUACGUUUGAUAGUCGAUAUGGUUCGGUAGUUCGUUGUCUUGUGGUGGACGAGGUAAUCUUCGUAAUGCAUGAAUUUCAUCCUGGAACUGGAUAGACUAUGGUGCAUUUAUUUAAUGAAAAACAAAAAUACUCCAAAACCGUUCAGCAUUACAUCAACAGUUUCUUUUGUUUGUUAUGGAUGUAUUAAACAUUCGUAUUGUUUUCCUCUUAAUAAUCCCAGAAGGUAUUUUAAAACAUAUCUUGUAGUGUUAUUUAUUGGUUUAGUUUUCAUGAUUUGCUGACAGAUGCAUGAAAUCUCGUCAUGAAGGUUAUAUGAUUUGAGUUUAAGGUCAAAACCGAGACCCUGGUGGGCGAAGUGGCUUCAGCAAAUUUGCUGUGGCAACCAGACACGUGUUAAAAAAAAACGAGAUUUCUUUCUGUCGCUUGUCCAGCUGUUGCACGCAUUGUCUCUGGGGAUUUCACACUACCUGGACACAGCUGUCACCUUGCAAUCUAAUGGCAUUCCCAUUCCCCCCGUCCCCAACUUCCCUAUUCCCACAGCCCUGUGGGAUUGGGUCACAUUGCGCAAGUCAGUACUAAAAAAACUAUAACUCAGUUUACGUUCGUGUGUAUGGUUUGCGUGACAAGCCACCGGCUGGCAAAAAAAGAAUAAGGUUUCAUUUCUAGGCGUAAUGAACUGCGAUCUCGGCAUGUGUGUUCUUUGAAAACGUAGAGAAGGGCUUGUACAGGUGCCCUGAUUUCAAGGAUAUGUCGAGCCUAUGCAUUUAAUACUCAUUUCAUUACAAAUGUAAAAGGGACGUGUAAAUAUACAAGGACCCCAUUGACUUGAUGCUCACAUGCUGACAAGUGGGUCUUUGUACUUUAUUUUAAUGCCCAGUUGAUGACAAGAAUACGCAGCAGCACUUGUAAGUAACAUGUUGAAGCUAGAUAGAUACCAACUCGCAAUCUUUGAGAUUUAACUACCAAGAUAUAAAGAUGUGGCUUAAAAUAGAAGCAUAUCUUUCGACUAGUCAGGUUCAUAAUAUGGGAUUUAUAUUCAGAUUAAUGUCGAGGGAACAAAGAAAGAAGCAGGUACAUAAAAUAGAAAAAAAGAAGACCAUAAAGAUGAUGAUGAGUAGGAGGAGGGAGGAGGAGGAUAAUGGUCACGAUGAUGAUUGAUGAUGAUGAUGAGGAGGAGGAGGAGGAGGAGGAAGAGGAGGACUAUGAUAAUGAGGAUGAUGAUGAUGAUGAAAGAACUGCAAGAAAAUCCGACGACAACGGACGACAGGGGAUCGUCAGGGGGUCUGGCCACCGCCAGACAUUUACGUCACGCGGCAUCUCAUCUACAUGUCUCUCACCCAGCCCUGCCUCCGGCAAGACUCGAUCGAACGGAAUCAAUAGCACGAACCGCCGCGAGCAGCAAUCUGAAAUUUUGUUUCAGCAAAUAAAAUGCAGCGCAGAAAGGACACAGCUUGUGUGCUUUUCACCUCCUGAGCGCCGCAGUGAUGACAGCUGUGUUGUUCUGUGUACACUUGGCCAGGGAAUCUCUUUCUGGUAUCUGCUUCCUUGUUUGUGGGAAGCCCAAGUGUUGCCAUGACAUUGCUGCCGUGUUUUAGUUUCUCUAGAGUCUACAGCUUCCGUUUUUGUUUGUUUUGUUUUUUUCCCCUUUGAAUGCCUGUCGGUCUUUAUCUUUUGUUUUGGUGCCUUCCUGACUUUCUUCUACGUCGAAGACAGAUUAAUGUCAGUACUGUCCCAUUUAAUAAGCAAAAUGACUGUUAUAAAUUUAGUAUGUGUUUCUUUCCUAGAAAUAAAGCAAUGGAUGUAUUUAAUAAACAGGACGUUUCCAAA